AUGGCUCCUUCAGACGAUCAGAAGACGCCUUCACCUGCCAGACAAGCCACCAGAUCGACUGGCCCGUACUCCUCUCGUGUAUGCAAGCACAAGGCGAAGACUUUACGCGAAGGCACCGAGACCAUCCGUCCACAUCCCACAGAUGCGAGGAAAGUCAUCGUGACCUACCGAUACACCGAUGCUGCGGGCGGUGUCUUUGUUCAGGAGACAGAAAUGCCGGAGGUAGCGCCAGCGCAAGCCAGCGCUUCUGAGGAGCCAGGAAGCAUCAUAGUACCAGACGUCGAAACGUCGAAAGUCCCAAGGACGAAGAAAGGAUCGCCUUGGGUGCGGGUGCCCGGUACAUCCCAACACCAGUGGAAACGCGGCGAUGGCGAGCAGCAAGAGACAUGGAGCGUCGUCAUUUUCUUCCGUCGCUUGAACCGCGACACGCACGCAUACCAGGACAUCUACGUCAACACCAACAUGUUGACCACCGUCAAUCCAAACGAUAAGAGGUUUCGGACGUCGUACAACAAGUGGAUCCUGCAGUUCGCCCGUCGUCGUGAUGCGACAUACACGCAGAAAGUGGCGAGGGUACACUGGAGCGUCGCCGAGCGUCGUGCCUUAUAUACGGCUAUCAACACCUUCUGCCAUGAAUCUGGUAUCCACAGAUUCGGCUUCACCGAAAACUGCAAGCUAAGCACCGCGCAGUUGCAGGUGAUGGCCGACGCUGUCAAUGCUGCGCCGAAUCCGUUGCGGGUAGUGCCACGGGGAGUCGAUGCUGUGCGUGGGCAGAUAAUAUCUGCGCAUGACAAGGCCCAGCCGAAGAAUAAAGCCGUCUUCGACUUGAUGGCCAAGGCUGUCGUGCUUCGAGCUCGGAUCGCUGCUGGCGAGGCGGUCUCAGGAGCUGAGCGGAAGCCACGGCUCGCUAUUGCGCUGACUGAGUUCCCCGUCGACGCUCUGCCAGCUGCUGCUUCGUCGACGCCCAGCGACAGGAAGCGCAAACGUACGGCGCCUGUCCAGGACAGCGAUGAAGAGCCAUCGAGCUCGGGACUGUCAUCACCGUCUACGUCGCACGUCGGUGGGCGCGGCGGUGUUGCUGAGGACACCUGGAUGACGACGGACGAGGAGAUGCAGCCGGGGAAGAGCGAAGAGAGGAACUGGCCAGACACCAGCGAGGAGGUGCUGUCUGGCGUGGACGAGAAACAGUGGGCCGAGGCGGGGGAGGUGGCGUCUUGUCCGCCGGCGAAGAAACACCGCACCGUCCAGCGACAGAACUGA